AUGAGCAAGGCCAAGCGUGGGCCGUCCGACCGGGCGUGCGAUCGCUGCCGGAAGAGGAAGGCGAGGUGCGAUUUCACCGGGUCGGCCUGCAGCAGGUGCCAACUAGCCGGCAUCGAUUGCACCUUCUUUAUGCCCGUGGGACGACGAGGCCCAAAGACCCGACAGUCGAGAGCCGAAGCCCUCAACGCGGUGCCUCUGAUCCAGGAACCGCCUGUGUCGCAGCUGCCAGAACGGAAUGCCGAGUCAGUUGCGCCUUCCCUGGGGACCUCUGAGAACAUUCCCCUGCCAAGCGCCACGUGGGAGACCCGCGUCGGCAUUAAUCCCGCUCUGUCCUCGUCGCAGGUCUCCCAGCAGCAGCCCGUGCCCAGUCCCAUCUCCGACACCGCGUCGUCGCGUCUCCUCUCGUCUUUCCAGCGCUGGGAUGAUCUCGCUGCAGCCGUGGCCUGCAAGAUCCCCACGCUCACCCUGGAAAGGCUUGCCAACAAAUGUUUCGAUCUGUAUUUCGAGUAUCUCUUCCCUUUGAUCCCAUUGGUUCACGAACCGAGUCUGCGGGCCGGACUAGACUUCUUCGUGACGCGAAAUCUUCACGCUCGACGCGCAAGCAAGACUACCGCGGAGCUCUGGUCACCUUCCGUUCAAAGGAAUGCAGCUGGUAGUGACACUUCGACUCUGGACACGGUGGGCACCCUGGAGUAUCCAGAAUCAUGGCCCGAGUCCACCUUCACACUUCUGACGGCCGUUUGCGCCGAAGCAGCCUCCCUGCUUCCAGCAGAGAUCUUUCCUGAAGGAGACCUCAUCGCCGAUGUGUUUCUGAACGCCUCCCGGGAUUGUCUAAACAGCUACAUAGAGGCUGAUCUGGAACACCCGAAUGCAAAUUCGGUGACCAUCCGAUACUUUCAUUCCAACUGCCUUCACGCCGCCGGCAAGCCCAAAUACUCAUGGCAUAUUUUUGGAGAGGCCGCCAGACUGGUCCAGGUGAUGCAAUUACAUGAUGAAUCAUCGUACGAAGGAUUGUUUCCCGUCGAGGCGGAGCUGCGCAGGAGAGCGUUCUGGAUUGUCUAUAUGGGAGAUAAGUCAGCUGCUAUUUUGAAUAAUCGUCCCAUUACCUUGCAUAAAUUUUCGUUCGAUUCUCGCAUCACGACGCCCUAUCCAUCUGGCAUUGUCAAUGAACCCGCCAUUUCUCCGGGCCAAGUACGGACAGAUAUUGCGCAACCCGACUUCAUCGCAGGAUUCAAUGCAAACGUACGCCUAUGGCAAGCCGCAUCUGAUCUCCUGCUUGAAAUAAGAAUCUUACAAGAGAACCGGGUCCUGGGACAACCCCUUACUGACGAACAAAGAGGUCGCAUCGAUGCGCUAUAUGUUCGCUUCAUGACCUGUCUCGAUGAUCUGCCUCUCCAUUUGCAGAUCGACAAUUUUGGGAGCGCAAACGAGGGACGCGAUCACUCAAAGCAGGCGGUGAUCCAGAGGGUCAAUCUCCAGGUCUCGUUCCACUGCCUCAGAAUGGUAAUUACUCAGAAGUUUGAGGGACCAGAAUUCUUGACUCCGACAGUGGAACAAACGGACUUGUUGCUCUUGAGAAAAACCGAAAUCGCCCGUGACAUGUUACGGGUGAUCCGCGAAGCGCCCUUCUGGGCGUUGCAGGUUAAUGGAGAGCCCUGUGUAAGCAUGACUCAAUUUUUCUGUCGGGAUCUUGAAGACGCGCUCUCUUUCUGA